AGAAUUGGGUCCACAAUACGUAUAAUGUCUAUAUAUAUAUAUAUAUAUAUAUGUAUGCAUGUAUUCACGCAUUCCCGCGCGCACUAUAAGUAUUUUCAACGAAUUUACAGCUCAACUGUCAUCGACUCGUCGUGUGGUUGGUUUAAUCUUAUCAUCGCUGUUUCCGCGCUACCAAGGCCCAGUCUCCCCGUCACUCCGAUAUGGCGAUGGACGCCGUCUGGAGCUUCUCUGCCACCAUUACAACCAGCUGGCGGAACUACAUGUGGAUUCCGAUUCUGAUCGCCCUUUUGGAAUUCGUUGGAUCGGCUGAGGCUCACUACGGGAUUCUUCUUCCCAGUCAACGAUCGUCUUCCGCUUGCCCGGCCCCAGACCCCGACUUCUACUACCGGCCGGUCAUCGGGAUUGUCAGCCACCCUGGAGAUGGCGCCUCCGGAAGCCUCACGAAUGUCACUAAUGCCUCUUAUAUUGCCGCCUCCUACGUCAAGUUCGUUGAAUCUGCCGGCGCCAGAGUUAUUCCCCUUAUCUACACAGAGCCUUCGGAAAGGCUUCUCAAGAAGCUCGAUUUGGUGAAUGGAGUGCUCUUUACUGGUGGGUGGGCUAAUAGCGGGUUAUACUUCGAGACAAUUCAAACAAUUUUUAAGAAAGUUUUGGAGAAAAAUGACGGUGGACACCAUUUCCCUUUAUAUGCUACCUGCUUAGGUUUUGAACUGAUAACAAUGAUCGUUAGUGAGGACAACAAUAUUCUUGAAGAAGUUAGUGCAACAAAUCAGGCAAGUACCCUCCAAUUUGCAGAAAAUGCAACUAUUGAUGGAACAGUGUUUGAAAGAUUUCCUGCACAUUUGUUAAAGAAACUGGCCACUGAUUGUCUUGUCAUGCAAAAUCAUCAUUUGGGCAUAUCCCCAAGAAGGUUUCUGGAUAAUAAAAAAUUGUCUAGUUUUUUCGAGGUAUUGACAACUUCCAAGGAUGAAGACAAGAAGGAUUAUGUAUCCACGGUACGUUCAUGGAACUACCCUGUGACUGGCUUCCAAUGGCAUCCAGAGAAAAAUGCUUUUGAAUGGGCCUCACCGAGAAUCCCACACACAGAGGACGCCAUCCAAGUGACUCAAUACGUUGCAAACUUUUUGGUGAGUGAAGCUAGGAAAUCUAUCAACAGACCACCUGCGCAAGAAGUGCGGGACAAUCUCAUUUACAAUUACAGUCCUACAUAUAGUGGAAAGGCAGGGAGAGGCUUUGAUCAAGUUUAUACCUUCACCUAGUCAUUUCAAUUUCUCGGAGGAGUCAACAGACAUGAGCGGGAGUGAUUCUGAUAGAAAUUUAUAAUUCGGACAGAAGAGAGGUAUACAUACAUAUAUAUAUAUAUAUAUAUAUAGAGAGAGAGAGAGAGAGAGAUUGACGGAGAAGAAUGGAUGUAGCAGAGAGGAGCAGAGGAGAAUUUGAGAGGAAGUCGAACAGAGAAUUUAACCCGAAUAAUGCACUGGAUACACCAUAUCAUAAUCUGAAUUACAAGUAUCUAUUAGAAGUCUUAAUAUCUAACUAACUUGAUAACAUCUUUUCCCGUCACUUUAGUUUAUAAUGAUUAUACAUUAGAUUCUUGCCUUAAGUAACUAUCAUUUUUGAUGGAUAACCAUUCUGCCCAAUUAGAUAAUUUUGCUUUGCUGGAAUUCCGAUGCUCUCAGCUCCUCUGCAGUUGUGGUGCUGCAUGCUCGAGGAUGGCUGGUAAAUAGAUGACUUACUUUUACCAUGUUGUAAUUGUAGCAUGUAUUAGUCUGGAAUAUUGUUGCUCAGAUCCGCUCAGACUGGGAUUUAAUCCCAGUAUCUUUAACAUCUUGAUCGUACCCCAACCUCAUGAAUUGAGUUUUCCAUAGCUGUACCAGAUAUCAUUUCUCCGUUCCGUUUGGCUAGUCUGGAUCCUCUUCACUUA